GCAGUCCAGCAGAGCGAGCUGGGCGAGCUCUCCCAGUAUUUUCUGGGCCCAUACGUCCAGGGACACCUUUACGAAGGAACGCAAUAUUCCGAGGACUCCGUCGGCGAGCUUCUCACAUUCAGGUAUGACGCGGCAGAUGGGCCUGUGCAAGUUUGGCAACAUGCCUUUGAUCUUCGGGAAAUGCAGGGUGCGAAGCGCGGCGAUGGCGAAGAUCUUAUCGUACUUUACCACUAUACCAACGAGCUUGCGUUUCAGGUCAGUGGACUAGGAGGAGACCUCACGCGGUUUCACAAGCACGAUGUCAAUUUUCAUCAACUGUACAAUGGCUCUGCUGAUGCAGCAGAUAUGAGCGACGAAACGUGCAGGCUUCUCAUGGAGAACGCCUUUUUCAGAGAUAUUCUCGCCCAGGCCGCUGCCACUGCAGUGUGA